AUGGCUACAGGUGAAACGACAACAGAACAAUUGUCGCCAUCAGAGCCCAAUGACUCAUCGACAAGUCUCCCGAUUCGGACCAAACCAAACGCCAAAAUAGCAGAAAUGGAACCAGGACCAGAGCUAGACAGCUACAUCGAGUCCCUCCUGGCACAAUGGAGAACCUGCAUAGACGAGCUUAGUACCCUCGCCAAUGCUUCCAAAGACGCAUCUCGGCCCAUCUACGGACUCUAUCCUCUCCUCAAAGUCCAGCAGCGCGCAUUGUAUAAGGUGGUUCAAAAGCGAAACACAAAAUCUGACGAUGGCAACAACAUUUCCGCCGCCCAGUACAUGGGUAUAAGGUCUUGCUGCUGGGAUGACCGGUGGUCUCUGGUCAAAAAGUGUCAUGGGCUGGUGGCCAUCAACAAAGACUUCCCGAGGAGUCCUCGCGUCGCGGUGCCGACUGGUAGCGGGUGGUUGGCUUACAAGGACCAGCCCUUUCAAGAAAAGGUUGUCACUGUUGAUGCCGUCGUGGAUAAUGGAAAGACAUGGAUAAAGUUUCUGUCCAUUUCCGCUAGGACACUGGAGUAUCAAGUCAUGACAGAAGGUUGGGAAAGCGAUGCUGAUUCUGAGGACGAAAGGGAUGAGGCUGGUGACGACGAAGGAAAGGGGUUCGGCCAUACCGAAUUCGUCGAUGCAGUCUCCAAGGUCAUCUUGGCUGCGAGGUGGAAUCACUGCCGUCACCUUCAUCUGAUCUUGCCUGGCCUCCAGGAAGGACAAUCGGCUGUUGUCGACAGGGUGCUGGAUCACAUUAAAAACAAGGUUGGCGGAACCGAUGUCAAGGUCGAUCUGAGCUGCGCAGGAAGUCCGUUCCUUGUCAACGACCCUCCUCCUCUUGAAACGGCCAUCCAGACUCUGAUUCAUGAGCGUGACCUGGUCGUCUCUCCAGACGACUGCAAUACAAUCACCGAGACCGUCAACCUGGACCCUAGCGCACUCGUGGCUCUCGUCACAGAUCUUCAUCAUGGCCCCAUCCCGCUGCAGCCUCUUGUGCAGCAAGAAAUCAUCACUCGCUCUGUUGCCGACCACGAAACCGACAAUAAUGAGCUGGUGUCUCGUCAAGACAUCCUAGCCACAGUGCUGUUUCCUGCCUUGCGGGGCAAGAAAUUGGUGUGCACCGAGUUCGCCGCAAAAUACUUUCGCAAGCUCAUCAGCGCCAUCUCAACCCACUCGGAAGAGACCCGCGCAUCCUUCAUCAUCCCGCCUUCGGCCGACCCUACCAGUCCACCACCUUCGGCAGACGAACUGCGCCAAUCCCUCCAGAAAUGGUCCACCGUCCCAGUUCCCGGUGACCUCCAACUCCCGGUUCAAGUCGUCCCAGACAUCACCCAUGACGAGGUCCCUUCUCUUAUCUCUUCCGGCCGCCUCCCUCCCAUGGCUCUCGGCGUAUCCAGCGACCUUUCCUUGCUGAACCGCUCUGUUUACCUAUACGGCUGGGCCAACGAUGUCACCACUGUCACCGGCCACCGCGGCAUCGAGCGUCAAGUCCAACUCUCGAUCGCGUCCCAUUGGACUCGUGACCCAGACGCGUCACGCAAAGGAAAGUAUCCGGACCACAGACCGCCAGACAUCUGGCAUCGGCAUCUAGGCGGGUACCUCAUCCAUCGAGACAAGCCAAAGGAUUGGAGGGACAUGCUGCCGGAUGGUGGGGAUGUGCCGGAAGAGUUGGUGAGAUGGACGUUUCCUUGGACCACAUGGGGGAGAGGGAUCAGUACGUACGGGCUGCCGGAUACAAAGACUUGGGAGGGGGUUGGUCAUCAGGACAAGAAGUCGUUUGGGAGGAAGAUGACGGGGCGAGAUGGGACGAGGGAGAGGAAUGGGAAUGGGAAGCUGAAGGUGCCUGAAGGAGAGGUGGAGAAGGGUGAAGAGAGGGAAGAGGAACAAUCGUGA